GACCUGCGCGGCGCAUGCGUGCUGACGGAUUCCGAGUCCAACGCGGCACUUCCGGGAGAGAAGGUGACGUGUGAGCCGCAGGGAGAGAGACAAGCCGGGAGAUGCUGACCAAGUUCGAGACCAAAUCCGCCCGGGUGAAAGGCCUAAGCUUUCACCCCAAGCGGCCAUGGGUCCUUACCAGCCUGCACAACGGCGUCAUUCAGCUGUGGGAUUACCGCAUGUGCACACUGAUUGACAAGUUUGAUGAACACGAUGGCCCUGUCCGUGGUAUUGAUUUCCACAAGCAGCAGCCGCUGUUUGUUUCUGGAGGAGAUGAUUACAAAAUCAAGGUCUGGAAUUAUAAGCUGCGUCGCUGCCUAUUCACUCUCCUUGGACACUUGGAUUACAUUCGCACCACCUUUUUCCAUCAUGAAUAUCCUUGGAUUUUGAGUGCUUCAGAUGAUCAGACCAUUCGCAUCUGGAACUGGCAGUCCCGUACUUGUGUUUGUGUCCUGACCGGUCACAACCAUUACGUGAUGUGCGCUCAGUUCCACCCAUCGGAGGAUUUGGUUGUUUCUGCUAGCUUGGACCAGACUGUGCGCGUCUGGGAUAUUUCUGGCCUGAGAAAGAAGAACCUCUCUCCAGGAGCAGUGGAAUCAGACGUUCGUGGAAUCACAGGGGUGGAUCUAUUUGGGACCACCGAUGCUGUCGUCAAGCAUGUCCUAGAGGGGCACGACCGUGGUGUGAAUUGGGCUGCCUUCCAUCCCACCAUGCCUCUCAUAGUGUCUGGGGCAGAUGACAGGCAGGUCAAAAUCUGGCGAAUGAAUGAGGUUACUCUGCCAAGUACAGGCCAGUUCCCAGUAGACCUGCCAAGAGAAUCCAAAGCUUGGGAAGUGGACACUUGUCGUGGACAUUACAACAAUGUGUCUUGUGCUGUCUUUCACCCACGUCAGGAGCUGAUUCUGAGCAACUCAGAGGACAAGAGCAUUCGCGUGUGGGACAUGUCUAAAAGGACUGGCGUGCAAACUUUCCGAAGAGAUCAUGAUCGUUUUUGGGUUCUUGCAGCACAUCCCAACCUCAAUCUUUUUGCAGCAGGGCAUGAUGGCGGUAUGAUCGUUUUUAAGCUGGAGAGGGAGCGUCCUGCUUACGCUGUGCAUGGGAAUAUCUUGUAUUACGUAAAAGACAGAUUCCUCCGCCAGCUAGACUUCAACAGCUCAAAGGAUGUGGCUGUUAUGCAGCUGAGAAGUGGUUCCAAGUUCCCUGUUUUCAACAUGUCUUAUAAUCCGGCUGAGAAUGCUGUCCUGCUUUGCACGAGAGCCAGCAACCUUGAGAACAGCACUUAUGAUCUGUACACCAUUCCCAAGGAUUCAGACUCCCAAAAUCCUGAUGCUCCUGAAGGAAAGCGUUCUUCUGGUCUAACCGCUGUAUGGGUGGCACGAAACAGAUUUGCCGUCCUGGAUCGCAUGCAUUCGAUUCUUAUAAAGAACCUGAAAAAUGAGAUCACCAAAAAGGUCCAAGUACCAAACUGUGACGAGAUCUUCUACUCGGGAACUGGAAACCUUCUUCUUCGGGAUGCAGAUUCCAUCACUUUGUUUGAUGUGCAGCAGAAACGAACUUUGGCAUCAGUAAAAAUCUCCAAAGUGAAGUAUGUCAUCUGGUCAUCUGAUAUGUCUCAUGUGGCUCUUCUGGCCAAACAUGCCAUCAUGAUCUGCAACCGAAAGCUGGAGUCUCUCUGUAACAUCCAUGAGAAUAUCCGUGUGAAGAGCGGGGCAUGGGAUGAGAGUGGGGUUUUCAUCUACACAACCAGCAACCACAUAAAAUAUGCCCUGACCACUGGAGAUCACGGCAUCAUCCGUACCCUGGAUCUACCCAUUUACAUCACUCGGGUGAAGGGCAACAAUGUAUAUUGCUUGGAUCGAGAAUGCCGCCCACGUGUGCUCACCAUUGACCCCACAGAGUUCAAAUUCAAGUUGGCGCUUAUUAACCGAAAGUAUGACGAGGUCCUGCACAUGGUGAGAAAUGCCAAGCUGGUUGGCCAGUCCAUCAUUGCUUAUCUCCAAAAGAAAGGUUAUCCCGAGGUGGCUCUGCACUUUGUCAAGGACGAGAAGACUCGUUUCAGCUUGGCACUUGAGUGCGGGAACAUUGAAAUUGCACUGGAAGCUGCCAAAGCCCUGGAUGACAAGAACUGCUGGGAGAAACUUGGGGAGGUGGCCCUGCUGCAGGGGAACCACCAGAUCGUGGAGAUGUGUUACCAGCGCACCAAAAACUUUGACAAGCUCUCUUUUCUCUAUCUCAUCACCGGCAACCUCGAGAAACUCCGCAAGAUGAUGAAAAUUGCUGAGAUACGCAAGGACAUGAGUGGACAGUACCAGAACGCUCUGUACCUUGGAGACGUGGAUGAGCGUGUUCGGAUCUUGAAAAACUGCGGCCAAAAGUCGCUGGCAUAUCUUACAGCUGCCACCCAUGGCGUGAGCGAUGAGGAAGAAAGCUUGCGGGAAACUUUUGACCUGGAAAAGGAAAUUAUUCCAGAAGUUGACCCAGAUGCAAAGUUACUCAUGCCCCCUCCUCCUAUUAUGCCACUGGACACUAACUGGCCAUUGUUGACCAUGUCCAAGGGCUUCUUUGAAGGAAGCAUUGCAAGCAAAGCUAAAGGUGGAGCCCUGGCUGCUGAUAUUGAUGUGGAUACUGUUGGAGGAGAAGGCUGGGGUGAGGAUGCAGAGCUGGAGUUGGAUGGAGAUGGCUUUGUUGAUGCUGAUGAAAACCUCCAAGACGAAGCUGUGAAAGGACAAGGAGAAGGAGGUGGCUGGGAUGUGGAUGAAGAUUUGGAACUACCUCCUGAGCUGGAUGUGCCCUCUGGUCCUUCAGGCUCAGCAGAAGAUGGCUUCUUUGUACCGCCAACUAAAGGCAGCAGUCCAGGCCAGACUUGGUGCAAUAACUCUCAGCUAGCAGUAGAUCAUAUUCUCGCAGGAUCUUUUGAAACAGCAAUGCGACUGCUCCAUGAUCAGGUUGGCGUGGUGAACUUUGCUCCCUUCAAGCAGCAUUUCCUGCAGACGUUUUCCAGAGGCCGUAGCACUUACCAAGCAUUGCCUGGCCUUCCUGCUAUGUACGGAUACCCUCAACGCAAUUGGAAAGAUGCUGGGUUAAAGAAUGGACUUCCCGCUGUAGGCCUGAAGUUAAGUGACCUUAUUCAGCGCUUGCAAGUUUGUUACCAGCUCACAACAUCUGGCAAGUUUGAAGAUGCAGUGGAGAAGUUCCGACUCAUCCUUUUGAGUGUGCCUCUCCUAGUAGUAGACAACAAGCAGGAGAUAUCAGAGGCUCAGCAGCUGAUUGCUAUCUGCAGAGAGUACAUUGUAGGAUUAUCUAUGGAGGUCGAACGCAAGAAACUUCCCAAAGACACUUUGGAUCAACAAAAGCGUAUUUGUGAGAUGGCUGCUUACUUUACUCAUGCAAAUCUACAGCCCGUUCACAUGAUUCUGGUUCUCAGAACAGCAGUCAACCUCUUCUUCAAACUCAAGAACUUCAAAACAGCUGCUGCCUUUGCCAGACGUCUCCUGGAGCUUGGGCCAAAGCCUGAGGUGGCUCAACAGACUCGCAAGAUCCUGUCUGCUUGUGAGAAGAACCUCACUGAUGCGUGCCAGCUAAAUUACGACAUGCACAACCCCUUCGAUAUCUGUGCGGCCUCGUACAGGCCCAUCUACCGAGGGAAGCCUGUUGAGAAAUGUCCACUCAGUGGUGCCUGCUACAGCCCAGAAUUCAAAGGACAGAUUUGUAGAGUCACGACUGUAACAGAAAUUGGCAAAGAUGUGAUCGGUCUCCGACUCAGCCCCCUGCAGUUCCGUUAAGAAUCCACCUACUGUUCACCAGAGCUCAUUCCUCGGAUCCUUCUUUAGAUGUCGCAUUUACAUUUUUUCAUGUGUUAAUCAUUAUCUUAACGUAAAAAACAAGCUUCCUGGGUUCCCUUUAGAAUCUAGUUUUGCAAUGAAGCAAACACUGAUUAAAAAUAAAGCUGCUCGUAUUCCAAUUAA